CCAACCUGAAUCUAGUAAUAAUGUUACAGGAAAUACACAGUUUACUUGUAUGAUAGAUGGAAAAACAAUGAAAAUAAUCAUGAAAAAUUUUAAAUAUUGGACCAAAGAAAUCGGCAAACAUUCCAAUAUUAUGAAUAAACAUAUUAAAGAGGUUAAAAAACUUCAUGAUAUGUUUCGUAAAUUUGUUAAAGAUUCAUUGGAUUUUAAUAAUCGUUUAAAAAAUUAUGCGGUUAAAGUUUCAUCUAUUAAAAAAUGUCUUAAUGGAAAUUGUUCUAAUGAAGGAAUUUUAGUAUUAUUGAAUGACCUUUUAAAAGAAUCAAAUGAUAAUUAUAUAUUAGCUAAAGAAUUAGAAAAAAGAUUAUUUGUUGAUGGAGGAGUUGGUUUUGAUGAAGAAGAUGGAAUUAUGAAAUUUUUUAAAAAAUUAGUAAAUAGUAUAUUUGGUUACGGAGAAUCGGAUGAUAAAAAAUGCGGCGGAAUCAUGAACGAAUUAAUUAAAAUCCAAAAUUCUUUGCCAGGAUAUAUUGAAGAUUUUGAAAACGAGAUUGCUUCAAAUGAGAAAGCAUUAAUAUCAUAUGAAGGUGAUACACGUUAUAUUAUUUAUUUUUUUGUGGUAUCAAAUUUAGCUCGACUUACUAAAAUGAAAGUAUUUGAAGAAGCUAAGAAGGAUGCAGAAAAAUGGUUAGACGAAGAAAAAAAAGUAAUUAAAAAUCAAUUGAGUGGUAAGAAGAAUGAAUUGAAAAUGAUAAAUCUCUUUAACGAUAAUUUAAGAACAAUUAUUUUGGGAAUUAGUGAUAUCAAAACUUUUUGGGGCGAGCAAAUCGAAAGUAUUAAAAAUAUUAUUACAAAUCUCAAAAAUUUCGAAAGUCAAAAAGAUCAAAACAUUCAACAAAGUUUAACUGUUCACAUUCUUAAGAAAAAUUGGGAAGAUAUAGAAAGAAAAUGCCAAAGUUAUAAUAAAGUGAUGAAUAAUGUAUUGUACAACGACUAUCUUGAUUGAGGCACAAAUUAUUUUCUUGAUAUUAAACAUGCAUAGUGCAAUAAAGCAUGAUGAUUCGUGUUUUAACUACAAAUUAACUAUAGUUAUGGGGUCAUAAAUUAUUUUGGGAUGUUCGAGAAAUUGUUUUUAAAAUUUAAAAAUUUAUGUAUUUUUUUUUUUU